AUGACUCAAAAUCAAUCUUUGUUCAAUCAACAAAGUGCUGCCAUCAGAAACYUGGAAACACAAGUUAGCCAACUUGCUCUUAAUCAGAAUAGUAGAGCCCUUGGUACUUUACCUAGUAACACUGAAGUCCCGAGAGAUCUAGGAAAAGAACAUGUGAAGGUAGUGACUCUUAAGAGUGGUAAGGAAUUAACUGAGACCAUACCAAAAGAAAGUGAACAGGUUGUGUCUAAACCUGAGACUAUACCUAUGGUCCCUGUUACGGAAAGUCCACCAAAACCUUUGGAUAACCCACUUCCUGAGACCACCACCUUUGUUCCUCCUAAGUCGGACUAUCCUUUGUUAUUCCCUGAAGAAGUUGCUAGGAAAAAGCCAAUUGAGGAUGAGGUUAUAACAGGUCCAAAAACCAAAGUUGUAAUCCCAUAUGAACCUCAAGAAAGUAAGACCAAGACUCUAGGCACUCUGGACCCAUCUUGUUCAACACAACCAAACAAAGCCAUCAUAAAGCCAGUUCCUAUUUAUGUUCCUUUUCCCCAAAGGUUAAGGAACCAAAAGGAAGAAUUGCAAUUCAAGAAGUUUUUGGAAGUGUUUAAAGCAUUGCACAUCAACAUACCUCUUGUUGAAGCAAUAGAGCAAAUGCCCAAUUAUGCCAAGUUCCUAAAAGACAUUUUGAGUAAGAAGAAGAAGUUAACCGAAUAUGAGACCGUAGCUCUUACCGAGGGAUGUAGUACGCUUCUAACCAACAAAAUACCCCCUAAGCUUAAAGACCCAGGGAGUUUCACUAUUCCUUGUUUUAUAGGUGGAAAGGAGAUUGGUAAAGCUUUGUGUGAUUUAGGAGCUAGUAUCAACCUUAUGCCCUUGUCUGUUUUCAACACCCUAGGAAUAGGAGAAGCUAGACCUACCACUGUUACCUUGCAAUUGGCCAAUAGAAGCAUUGCUUAUCCUAAAGGUAAGAUUGAGGAUGUCUUAGUUCAGGUUGACAAAUUCAUCUUUCCGGCUGACUUCAUCAUCCUUGAUUUUGAGGCUGAUAARGAUAUUCYCAUAAUCUUAGGAAGACCUUUCUUAGCCACUGGUGGAACCUUUAUUGAUGUCCAAAAAGGAGAGUUAACCAUGAGACUCCAAGAUCAGAAAAUCACAUUCAAUAUUGAGAAAAUAUGUUAUGAGGAAGGAGUUAGGAAGGCCUGUAAGCUAGAGGAGGAGGAUAGUGUUGAGAUAGGUAAUGAUACUGUUGAGGAUUUAGAAGGUGAUGUCCCAUAUGAUGUUGCAGCAUUUGAGUUGUUGGACAAUAGUGAGCUUAAGAAUUUUACCCUGUCUAUAAUUUCACCACCUGAUUUGGAGUUAAAGCAACUCCCAUCUCACUUGAAGUAUGCAUUUCUAGGAGAGGAAGGUCAAAGAAAGGAAAAAGUUUUUCAUUCAAUCUAUUAUGCAAGUAAGACCUUGAAUGAAGCACAACUUAAAUACACAACAACUGAAAAAGAACUUUUAGUUGUGGUUUUUGCUUUUGAGAGAUACAUAUCAUAUUUGAUGGGAACCAAGGUCAUUAUUCACACUGACCAUGCUGCCAUCAAGUACUUAAUUUCCAAAAAAGAUGCUAAACCUAGGUUAAUAAGAUGGGUUUUAUUGUUGCAAGAGUUUUACCUUGAGAUAGUUGAUAGGAAAGGAGUAGACAACCAAGUUGCAGACCAUUUGUCAAGAUUAGAGAAGCCUAGGGAGACCCUAGAAGAAGGAGAGAUUGUUGAAACAUUCCCCGAUGAGAGAAUUCUAGUAUUAGAAUCAAAGCCACCAUGGUUUGCCGAUAUAGCAAACUAUUUGGCUUGUGGAAUUAGACCUUCUGAUAUUUCUGGCCAUAUGUUCAAAAAGUUUCUCCAUGAUACUAAAACUUACCUUUGGGAUAACCCUUACUUGUUUAAGAUAAGUGCAGAUCAAAUCUUGAAAAGGUGCAUCCCUGAAACUGAAGUGGCAGCAAUCCUACAGCAUUGCCACCAAGCAGCAUAUGGAGGACACUUUGGAGACCAAAGAACAGCGGCUAAAGUUUUACAAUAUGGUUUUUAUUGGCCUACUCUAUUCAAAGAUGCCCACAAUUUUGCACAAAGAUGCAAUGAGUCUCAAAGAAGUGGCUCCAUUUCCAAAAGGAAUGAAAUGCCACUUAACGGGAUCUUAGAAGUAGAGUUGUUUGAUGUAUGGGGGAUAGACUUCAUGGGACCAUUUCCCUCAUCAAAUCAUUGUCAAUACAUUCUAGUGGCUGUUGAUAAUGUGUCUAAAUGGGUAGAGGUCAUGGCUUGUGUUACUAAUGAUGCAAAAACUGUGGAAAGUUCAAGUCCCGUUGGUUUGGACAUUUCCUCAUUCAUAAAGUUUAUCCGUAUGGAGCAGUUGACCUAG